GAGCUUAGUUUCAGUCACUCGGUGAGGACGACACGAGCUCUCGCCAUCUGCGACGAGGAAAAGAGAUGACUACGUGAACAUAACCACCACUAGAACACAGGUCUGAUGUGAGGAAGAACAGACGAUGAUUAGUGUUUGAUUUGUGAAGGUUCAGGGCGAGUACUGAGGUACAGUAGGUCUCGCAGGGCCAGGGAGGAGAGCCGGUCACAAGCACCUCAACACAGAUCAACACAACAAAUCACCUCCAGCCAUUCCUGUGACAUUAACCAAGUAAUCUCUAACACCUAGAAUGAGUUGUAAGAUGGUGAGGACGCGGAGACAGACUGGGUGGGUGGUGGUGGUGAGUCUGUUGGUGCAAGUUGUGGUUCUCAACACACUAUUGGUUGAUGGCUACAACCUCGACGAGAAAAGCCCCCUCCAGCUGCGUCCUACAGACCAGACAGACAUCAGCUUCGGUUUCUCCCUCGCCCACCAUUUCAACGUCAGCCAGAGAGGAUUGUUAGUUGGCGCCCCAAGAGCCAACGACACCACCACAGCCCCAAUCAGCGCUACGAGACCAGGGGCGCUCUACUCCUGCAACCUGGACCGUGAACGCACCAAGUGUGAGCAGCUGGAGGUGCUGGUGGAUGAGAAGUACAAUCCUUUCGUUUUUAAUGAAUUGAAGGACUUUGGAGGUCUCGGCUUCUCCUUGGCCACGGAUGGUGAUAAGAGCAUCGUAGUGUGUGCUCCUCGCUGGCACGUGUUAGACAAGGUAAGGGGUGGGAAGGUGCUGGACAAGCCGUUUGGGAUAUGCUUCGCUGGCAAGGCUCCCGACUAUAACUUCACGGCGUUUUCUCCGUCUUCUCUCUCUUCAGCGGUGAAGGCAGAGUACAGUAAUAAUGGUUCAUGUCAGUGCGGCAUGAGUGUCGCCCACGUCAGGGGACGCAACUCCGUCGCCAUUGGUUCUCCCGGGUGCUGGGGUUGGCAGGGUGACACUUGGGAGGCUGGCCUUGACAAUCUUGACAAGGUUAGCCUCAUGAGACGUGUAGGGGAGCUCCCCCUUAGUGAUUUCGACCUUACCUAUGACCGGUGGAGCACGGGCUACAACACCGUCACCAACUUGUACCUAGGCUACAGUGUUGCCAGCAUCACCUACAAUGAGGAGCCUGCUAUAGUCUCCUCCAUGCCGCGUACAAGCAGCGUUGCCGAAAUUAAAGUGAAAGAGAGAGAUAGUGUUGUUGGACCCAUCGUCUACAUACUUGAACAGGACUCAGUGAACAAGAACAAAUUGACAGUCCUCGACAAGAUUAAACCAUCACUAGAUGCAUCAUUCGACCAAGACAAAAGGUUCGCCUUCUUCGGGUACUCUCUGGCGACGGUGGACGUGAACAGCGACGGGCUGGAGGACCUGGUGGUAGGGGCGCCCUUCUACCACAACUCCACAGCCUACCACGACCAAGGGGCUAUUUUUGUCUACAUGCAAAGGUCCUUCUCGCUCUCGGGGGACGUCAGCCAGCAACAAUCUUCCGAGAUGGUGAAGGAACGUGAUGCGCCUCGUAGGGUGGGACCAGAAAACUACGGCCGCUUCGGGAGCUGCGUGGCUUCUGUGGGGGAUAUUGAUAAAGAUGGCUUCAACGACGUAGCUGUCGGUGCCCCCUUCCUGUAUGAGGGAGGAGCUGUCUUCAUCUAUAUGGGAUCAGCAGACGGACUAGAAGACAUCGCCAGCCAGGUUAUCCGUGCAUCAUCACUAUCAAAAAACUUAGGUAUACCCCUCAAAGAGUUCGGUUCAGCUAUUGGCCAACAUAUACCUAAUGAGUCGGGUCAAGGAUACGAUGUGGCCGUGGGCGCUCACACAACUGACACGGUAUUGGUCUUCAGAUCCAAAGACGUAAUAAAACUGACUUGGCAAUUAACGUUUAGUGGGUCAAUGGACUUAACUAAGGACAACUGUGAUUAUCAUCAUGAUCGCCAAACCACCUCACACCCUUGUGUCGUAGCCACAACCUGUUUUAUUUUCACCACCAACUCAGCGAGCAUCAUAACAAGUGAUUUAGAAGUGGAUUUCCAGUUGACGGGAGACAAGACGCGACUCUUCUUUGACAGUGGUUCAUCAGAGCUUAAGUUUAAGGUUCAUCUGAAGAAAGAUACCCAGAAGUGCCAUAAUAGUAACAUAAUGGCCAGAUCGAAAAUUCAAGAUGCAGUGAAGCCGUUUUCCAUACUAGGUGAAAUAUCGAUGGAUGAUUUCAUCACAAACCAGGUGAUGCUGGACCCACAUAUACCACUCAAGAGGGAGGAGCAGUUGAACAUCAUGGUGUUCUGUGUUAAUGGUAGUGCCAGUCAGUGCCAGAGCCAGAUCUUCUUAACUUAUACCAUUGUGGGGAACUACACCUUGUCAUCGACGGACCCUAUUGAGAUCGCCUUUGUGGUGGAAAACCGCGGAGAGGCUGCGUACAACACUCGCCUCUUUGUAAACUGUUUUGAAAAAUUAAGCUUCUCGAAAUUGAAGGGCGGUGGCAUUUCCUGUGCCGACUCUGGCGACAAGAGGGGAGUUAAGUGUGACUUUGAUCAAAUCUUCGUCAGGAACUCCAAGAUUGAGUUCUCGCUUUACUUAAUACCCGUCCAGAGCUUCUUCUCGUCCCUGGACACUUCUCAUGAUGACUUCUUUAACGUGACGGCCUCAGUCACCACCAUCUCUGUGUUAUCCAAUCCUGAUGAUGCUGUAAAAACCUUCAAGAUCCCAAUCACUGUCUCAGGUUCACUGGAUUUGACGAGACAAGGGUCACAGCCCGCCCUAGUGUACUAUAACAGUUCCUCGUACUUCAAGAGACCAAUGGAGGCGAGGGCCGUGGAGGAGCUCGGCCCAGAGAUUAUUCACAAGUACAAGAUCUUUAAUGGGAAUAAAUUUUCUGUAUACCGGACGCAAGUUGUCUUGGUGUGGCCGCUCUUGGUUGACGACAAGUACCUCCUCUACCCGACGGAAUACCCCGGGUUUAGUGACGUUUCCCAAAAGUGUGAGUAUACAGGUGGUAUGGUGAACCCAUUCAACCUGACAGGCGCUGAAUCCGCGACUCCCGAUGUGACAAUGUUUACGCCAGCGACAAACAUGACACCAUUAAUAAUAUCUGACGGGAAUGUUCCUAAGUCGAUAACAUCAGGGAAAAGUACUCAGUACAUGAUGUUCAUUUGUACCUUCGGGGAGCUGCCUGAGAAGGAGGAGGUGGUGAUCUCGCUAAAGUUCCGCUUCGUGCAGAGGACCAUAGAAGAGCUGAGGAUGGGUAGUGACCUGCAGAACGUGUCGUCGUGGGUACAACUGCAGGUGUUAAAGAUGCCCCUAGAUGCCGCCCCUCCACCUGCCUACGUCUCCACCGUCCACACAGACGUCUCCUACAAGUUGGACUCACCAGAAUGGGUACCGUUGUGGAUCUACCUGGUGUCUGUGUUAGGUGGCCUGGUUGUGUUGGUGCUCAUAACUCUGAUAAUGUGGAAGUGUGGCUUCUUUAAACGUAAUCGUGUUAAUACGGACCAGACGACGAAUGGAGGAGGAGGUGAGCCAGAAGAUGAUCAGACAGAAAACGAAAGAGAAGAAGAAGACGAGGACGAGGACGAGGACCCUGCUACACCUCACACGCCCAUGUAUAGAGAGACUGUGAACGCCAGCGAGGAUUUCCAGUUCAGCAGACCUUCAUCCAUGGCCGCUAACUGAUGUGUUUUGUCAAUAAAACCUAACCUAACCUAACCUUCAUCCAUGGCCGCCAACUGAUGUGUUUUGUCAAUAAAACCUAACCUAAUCUAACCUGACCUGACCUCGGUCUAACCUAACCUAACCUAACCUAACCUAACCUAACCUUCAUCCAUGGCCGCUAACUGAUGUGUUUUGUCAAUAAAACCUAACCUAACCUAACCUAACCUGACCUCGGUCUAACAUAACCCAAAGUGAAUUAACUUUACCUAACUAUAACCAAACUUAUCUUACUCUAAUCUAACCUGACCAUAACCUAACCUAACCUAACCUAACCUAACCUAACCUGACCAUAACCUAACUUAAACUUCACUGCCAUACACUCGGACCAGUAGUGAGUGAAGCGCCUCUCCUCAACCAUUAAAUUAUUAUACCCGGGUUAUGGUGAUGAAAAAACACUAACAGGAGCUGACGUUUUAUUCUGGAGUGUUAACAAUGCCAAACUAGAAUCCAUGUGUAUAAUACCAUAACAAAUUUACGUUAAUAUAAUGAAAAACCGUCAAUACAUCACCUAAUUAAUGUGAGAUAUGCUUGUAAGACUUUGAUAAAUAUAUUCGUGUCUUUAACACUGUGGUACAUGUAAGCUCACCUCAGGUAAUGACGUUUAUGGGUUAUGUUAGAUGUGUGUGUGUUUUGAUUCAGUCAUGUAAGGUGUUGCUAUCAGGACCUGAGGUGUGUAGAUCAGACCUGUGAAUGUGUAGGUCCUGUUUUAGGAACUUUGAAUGAAGACUCACCAGAUGUAAAAAAAAAUAAAUAAAUAAAUAUUUUGAUUAAUUUU